CAAACGUCGACGGGAGAGGAUAUGCCGUUGCGCUCCCGGAUUGAAAAUUGCGUGCGAUUUGUUUGGAAGUGCGGGUAAUUAGUGUAACAAUAGAAUAUUGAUCUAGGUGCGUGUUGUUGGGAUCUAUUUCCUAUCUUGAAGGAGAAAUAACUCCCGUGUGCGCAAGGUGCAAGUGAGCAGUGUGUGUGUGUGUGUUUGUGUGAAAAACUAGGUGCAUAGAAGCGUGCGCUCGCAGGUGGUGGCGCAAAUAAUGUGCAGCCUCGGAGCCGCUACCAGAGUGCGGCCCGUGGGCAUGGUCACGAUGGCCAAAAGGGGCAAGGGAGGAGGUGAUGGCGGCGGGGCCGCUAGAAACCGUCACAGUAGUGCAUCCGCCAAGCAAGUCAGUGUAUUCGUGUUAGCCAUAUAUCUAGUGUUAGUGUGUAGUGUUAACGUGGCCCUUGUGUCGGGCAAGCAUCACCAUCAUCACCAGGGCGGUGGUGUGGGAGGCGGCAGUGGUCAGGAGUUCAAAUUCGAUCCAACGAACAGCUUUAUUAGUUUAGUGCUGCCACACGACACAUAUCCCGGGUACAGUAUCCAGAAGUUCACCGCCAACUUCACCGGUCCCAAUUCACCGUUCUCGUCGAUCUCGUCCUAUUCGUCGAAGCCGCUCAACUACCGGCUGCUGGAGACGGAUUACUCGAAGUACUUUACGGUGCUGGAGGACGGGUUGGUUAUGACGACGGCGGAUCUGUCACCGUUGGUGAACCGACCGGUAAAGCUGGUCGUGCUGGAAGAAACACCAAAUUCGACCGCGACCCAUCAGUUGCAGCUGUACGUAAUGAAUCGUAAAGAUAUGCUGCACUUCCCGACCAUGCUUACGGAUGUCGUUGGUCAGCUGAGUGAAAACAAAGACGCCGGUACGCGUGUGCGUGACAUACCGCUGCUGCAGGCUAAUUCGGCACGUGGCGCUAAGACGGUCAUCUACAGCAUCGUAGGAGGCAACGACGGAGAUUCGUUUGCGCUGGAGGAUAGUAGUACCGGCACGAUUGGAUUAACCAUUCGCAUCGAUGAUCCUCGUAAGCAUGGUGUUUGGCUGGUGUCGGCCAAGCCGCUGGAUCGUGAGCAUCGCGAACAGUACACGAUCGCGAUCGAAGCAACCGACACGAAGCGCAUCAACAAAGCGGAAAUUCAUCUACCGGUGCACAUUACCGAUGUGAACGACAACAGGCCAGUCUUCGGUAAGCCAGAUUACCGUUUUACGGUGACGGGCGUUAAAGCGACAACGCCCGCCGGCAACGAGACGGUCACCUGGGAACGCUUCACCAGCCUGGGCCGAGUCGAGGCAAAGGACGCUGAUGGAGACAAGGUUGCGUACCGGCUAACGAACCCCAGCAAUACGGUCGUGAUCGUACCGCAAACCGGUGAACUGCUGCUGGCCGGCGAACCAGACGUCUCGGAACUGUUCGUCGAUGUGGAAGCUCACGAUCUGCGCACGCCGAGCCUUAAGAGUGAAACGCCGGCCCGCGUACUGAUCGAAUUCGUUGCGCCCGAUCCGUUGCCGGUGAUUGUGCAGCAUAUGGGUCACGAGUAUCAGCAUUCACACCGGCGUGACAAGCGUCGCGUUACACGGGCGGUCCGUCCUACCAAGCGCAUUGAGUUCACCGAAGCGGACGGUGACACCGAGGGCCGUAACGUGUUCCAGCUCGAGAAGGAAACGGACCGGGAAACGUUCAAGAUACGGGACGAAAACCCGUGGGUCACGGUCGAAACGAAUGGUGCGGUGCGUGUGAAGAAGAAGUGGGACUACGAGGAGCUCGGACCGGAGAAAACGAUCGAUUUCUGGGUGAUCAUCACCAAUCAGGGUCACAACGCUGGCCUAAAAUAUACCGACAAUCAGCGUGUUAUAAUCCACGUGAAGGACGUGAACGAUGAACCGCCAUACUUUAUCAAUCGUCCACUGCCAAUGCAGGCGGUAGUGCAGCUGAAUGCUCCGCCAAACACUCCCGUGUUCACGCUGCAGGCACGCGAUCCGGACACCGAUCAUAACAUACAUUACUUCAUCGUGCGUGACCGUACGGGCGGUCGGUUCGAGGUGGACGAACGAUCGGGUGUGGUCCGGACGCGCGGUACGGACCUGUUCCAGCUGGACAUGGAGUACGUGCUGUACGUAAAGGCGGAGGACCAGAACGGAAAGGUGGACGACCGGCGGUUCCAGAGCACCCCGGAGGAACGGUUAUCGAUUGUUGGUGGCAAACGUGCGCCUCAAUUCUACAUGCCAAGCUAUGAAGCGGAAAUUCCAGAAAACCAGAAAAAGGACUCCGACAUCAUUUCCGUGAAGGCUAAGUCGUUUGCCGAUCGGGAGAUUCGUUACACGCUCAAAGCUCAGGGCCAGGGUGCGGGAACGUUCAAUAUUGGGCCUACCUCGGGUAUCGUGAAGUUGGCGAAGGAGCUGGAUUUCGAGGAUUUACGACAGCCACACGUUUACUCGUUGGUCGUUACAGCCACGGAAGACUCUGGCGGUUUCUCCACCUCUGUAGAGCUUACCAUCCGAGUAACGGACGUAAACGAUAACGCACCGAAGUUUGAAUUGCCUGAUUAUCAAGCACAUAACGUCGAUGAAGACAUUCCGCUCGGGACGAGCAUCCUGAAAGUGAAAGCAAUGGAUGCUGAUUCGGGUGCAAACGCUGAGAUCGAAUAUCUUGUGUCAGACGACCACUUUGCCGUGGAUUCGAAUGGGAUUAUCGUGAACAACAAGCAGUUGGAUGCGGAUAAUAACAAUGCGUACUACGAAUUUGUCGUAACCGCCAAGGACAAGGGAGAACCGGCCAAGACGGGCACCGCUACGGUGCGCGUGUACACGAAAAACAAGAACGACGAGGAGCCCAAAUUCAGCCAGCAGGUGUACACACCGAACGUGGAUGAAAACGCCGGUCCGAACACGCUCGUGACGACGGUUGUCGCCUCGGACAAGGAUGGCGAUAAUGUGCGGUUCGGGUUCGUGGGCGGCGGUACGAGCAGUGGACAGUUUGUGAUCGAAGAAAUCACUGGUGUCAUCCGGCUGCACAGCAAGGCGAUUUCGCUCGAUCGGGACAAGUAUGAAUUGAAUGUAACAGCUAUGGAUGAUGGGUCGUGCUGCGUCAAUGGCGACGCAACGAUUCAUACAUCUACAGCUGUUGUCGUUGUGUUCAUCACCGAUGUGAACGACAACAAGCCGGUGUUUAAGGAUUGUGGCACCUACUAUCCGAAGGUGGAGGAAGGCGCACCGAACGGAAGCCCCGUCAUUAAGGUGCAGGCUACCGACGAGGAUAAGGGUGUCAAUGGACAGGUGAAAUACUCGAUUGUACAGCAGCCAAAUCAGAAAGGUACCAAAUUCACCGUGGACGAGGAAACGGGUGAAGUGUCCACAAAUAAAGUGUUUGAUCGUGAAGGUGACGAUGGCAAGUUUGUGUCUGUCACGGUGAAAGCAACCGAUCAGGGUGAACCCAGUCUAGAAGGUGUUUGUUCAUUUACGGUGGAAAUUACGGACGUGAACGACAACCCACCGCUGUUUGAUCGACAGAAAUAUGUCGAAAAUGUGAAACAAGAUGCAAGCAUCGGAACGAACAUUCUACGCGUGUCCGCUUCCGACGAAGAUGCAGAUAAUAAUGGUGCCAUCGUGUACACGCUGAGCGCUCCACACAGCCCCAACGAUCUAGAGUAUUUUGAAAUUCAGCCGGAAUCCGGCUGGAUAGUGCUGAAGAAGCCGCUAGACGGCUGCUACUCCCGUGAACGGUACCGGCUGAAGGUGUACGCCUCGGAUAGAGGUGACCCACCGUCCACGGCCGACGUGGACGUAGAGCUCGAUGUGGUCGAUCGGAACAAUAAGCCGCCGAUCUGGGAUCGCACUAUAUAUGGCCCAAUUCACAUUAGGGAAAAUGUCACUGUCGGUACGGUAGUCACAUCGGUGAAAGCAAGCUCGGGAAUCGAGGGUAAUCCGACGGUGUUUUACCGGCUUAUGCCCGGUUCGACCGCCCAAACGAACAAGCUGCAUACGUUCUAUCUUCAGCAAAGACCGGACAAUGGUGAUACGUGGGCCGACAUCAAGGUGAAUCAUCCGCUGGACUUUGAAACGAUCAAAGAGUACAACUUAACCGUUCGUGUUGAGAACAACGGAGCCCAGCAACUUGCAUCGGAAGCGACUGUUUACAUACAAUUAGAGGAUGUAAACGACGAAAUACCGCUGUUUACCGAACGUGAACAGGAAACCGUGCUCGAGGGUGAACCGAUCGGUACGAAAGUGACACAGGUGAAUGCAAUCGAUAAGGACGGUACCUUCCCGAACAAUCAGGUGUACUACUACAUCGUCGAUUCGCCCCGAAACGAGGGAAAGGAUUUCUUCGAAAUCAACCUGCAGAGCGGUGAAAUAUUCACCAAAGUUGUGUUCGAUCGUGAGAAGCAGGGUGCCUACGCUCUGGAAGUCGAAGCACGUGACGGUGCUCCAUCCGCCCGGCCUAAUAGCAAUCAGCAACCCAAUUCAGUCACCAAAUUCAUCCGUAUUGGUAUUGCCGACAAGAAUGACAACCCACCGUACUUCGACAAAGCCCUGUACGAGGCGGAGGUUGAUGAAAACGAAGACAUACAACAUACCGUGCUCACCGUCACCGCCAAGGAUCACGAUGAAUCGUCGCGUAUUCGAUAUGAGAUCACGAGCGGUAACAUAGGCGGUGCCUUCGCCGUCAAGAACAUGACGGGCGCUAUCUACGUCGCCGGCGCCCUAGACUACGAGACGAGGAAACGAUACGAACUACGUCUCGCAGCAUCGGAUAACCUGAAGGAGAACUACACGACCGUCGUGAUUCACGUAAAGGACGUCAACGAUAAUCCGCCCGUUUUCGAGCGGCCAACGUACCGAACGCAGAUUACCGAAGAGGACGAUCGGAACCUACCCAAACGUGUCCUGCAGGUUACGGCUACCGACGGUGACAAGGAUCGGCCCCAGAACAUCGUCUACUUCCUUACCGGUCAGGGUAUCGAUCCGGACAAUCCUGCCAACAGCAAGUUCGACAUUAAUCGAACUACCGGAGAGAUUUUCGUGCUCAAGCCACUGGAUCGAGAUCAACCAAACGGACGACCGCAAUGGCGAUUUACAGUGUUCGCUCAGGACGAGGGUGGCGAAGGUUUGGUCGGAUACGCGGACGUACAGGUGAACCUGAAGGACAUCAACGACAAUGCUCCGAUUUUCCCGCAGGGUGUCUAUUUCGGCAACGUAACCGAGAACGGUACUGCCGGCAUGGUUGUAAUGACCAUGACGGCCGUUGACUACGACGACCCGAACGAAGGUACGAAUGCAAAGUUGAUAUAUUCGAUCGAAAAGAACGUGAUAGAAGAGGAAACGGGUUCACCGAUAUUCGAGAUAGAGGCGGACACGGGCGUUAUCAAGACGGCGGUCUGUUGUCUGGACCGCGAACGCACACCGGACUACUCUAUACAGGUGGUGGCAAUGGAUGGCGGGGGGUUAAAAGGGACUGGGACGGCCUCUAUACGCGUCAAAGAUAUAAACGACAUGCCGCCCCAGUUCACCAAGGACGAAUGGUUCACGGAGGUGGACGAAACGGAUGGUACGAACCUGCCCGAGAUGCCCAUCCUCACGGUCACCGUGCACGAUGAGGACGAAACGAACAAGUUCCAGUACAAGGUAAUCGACAACAGUGGUUACGGUGCGGACAAGUUCACCAUGGUGCGUAACAACGACGGUACCGGCAGCUUGAAGAUUGUGCAACCGCUAGACUACGAGGAUCCGCUGCAGAGCAAUGGCUUCCGGUUCCGCAUUCAAGUGAACGACAAGGGUGAGGAUAAUGACAACGAUAAGUAUCACGUGGCGUACUCUUGGGUGGUGGUGAAGCUGCGUGACAUCAACGACAACAAGCCCCAGUUCGAACGACCCAACAUUGAGGUUUCGGUUUACGAGAACGCGGAUGUAGGCAAAACGCUCGAAACAUUUAAGGCAACCGAUCCGGAUCAGGGCGGCAAGAGUAAGGUGUCGUACGCGAUCGAUCGUUCGUCCGAUCGGCAGCGGCAGUUCUCGAUCAACCAGGAGGGUACGGUUACGAUUCAACGCAACCUGGACCGCGAGGUUACGCCCCGUCACCAGGUGAAGAUACUGGCCAUCGACGAUGGAAUCCCGCCGAAAACGGCCACAGCCACACUGACGGUUAUUGUGCAGGAUAUCAACGAUAAUCCACCCAAGUUCCUAAAAGACUAUCGGCCGGUGCUGCCGGAACACGUGCCCCCGCGCAAGGUAGUCGAAAUUUUGGCAACCGACGAUGACGACCGAUCCAAGAGCAACGGCCCACCGUUCCAGUUCCGGCUGGACCCGGGUGCGGACGACAUUAUCCGUGCCUCGUUCAAGGUUGAGCAGGACCAGAAGGGUGCGAACGGUGAUGGUAUGGCGAUCGUGUCCUCGCUCCGCUCGUUCGAUCGUGAACAGCAGAAAGAGUAUCUGAUUCCUAUCGUAAUCAAGGAUCACGGCAAUCCUGCGAUGACGGGCACAAGCACACUAACGGUAGUGAUAGGCGACGUCAACGACAAUAAGAUGCAGCCUGGCUCGAAGGACAUAUUUGUGUAUAACUACCUCGGUCAGGCGCCCGACACGCAGAUAGGCCGGGUGUACGUGUACGAUCUGGACGACUGGGAUCUGCCGGACAAGAAGUUCCACUGGGAAUCGCAAGAACAUCCACGCUUUAAGCUGGACGAGGACACGGGCAUGAUAACGAUGCGACAGGGUACGCGCGAUGGGCGAUACCAUCUAAGGUUCAAGGUGUACGAUCGAAAGCACACGCAAGCGGAUGUUCCGGCGAACGUGACCGUAACCGUGCGCGAGAUACCACACGAUGCCGUAAUCAACAGUGGCUCAAUACGGAUAGCGGGCAUUACGGACGAAGACUUCAUACGCGUGUGGAACUACCGGACGCAGAGCCUGUCGCGAAGCAAAGCCGACCGGUUUAAGGAUAAGCUAGCCGAUCUGCUCAACAUCGACCGGGAAAAUGUGGACGUGUUCAGCGUGCAGCUAAGACGCAAGCACCCUCCCCUAACGGACGUACGCUUUUCCGCCCACGGAUCCCCGUACUACAAGCCGGUAAGACUAAACGGCAUCGUGCUGAUGCAUCGGGAAGAAAUCGAAAAGGACGUCGGUGUAAACAUCACGAUGGUGGGCAUCGACGAGUGUCUGUACGAGAAUCAAAUGUGUGAAGGCUCGUGUACAAACACGCUUGACAUUAGCUCGCUGCCGUACAUGGUGAACGCAAACAAAACGUCGCUGGUAGGGGUGCGCGUGGACGUGAUUGCCGAAUGUACUUGCGGCGCUAGAAACUUCAGCAAGGCUGAGUCGUGUCGUUCGUCACCGUGCCACAACGGAGGUCGCUGUAUGGAAACACGGUACGGGCUUAGCUGCUCGUGUCCGACCGGAUACACCGGACCACGGUGCCAGCAGACGACGCGCAGCUUCCGCGGCAAUGGAUGGGCCUGGUAUCCACCGCUGGCAAUGUGUGACGAUUCCCAUCUUAGCUUCGAGUUUAUCACCCGCAAAUCGGAUGGGCUACUGCUGUACAACGGACCGAUCGUACCACCGGAGCGCGAUGAGCUGCUAGUGUCGGACUUCAUUUCCGUCGAGCUGGAGAGAGGUUUCCCAAGACUGCUGAUUGACUUCGGUUCCGGCACGCUGGAACUGCGGGUGAAAACGAAGAAAAGUUUGGACGAUGGCGAAUGGCAUCGGUUGGACAUCUUCUGGGACACGGAAAACGUGCGCAUGGUGGUGGAUUACUGCAAGUCUGCGGAAGUAGCCGAGAUGGAAGAUGGUUCGCCGCCAGAAUUUGACGAUUCAUCGUGCCAGGCUCGUGGUACAAUUCCACCCUUCAACGAGUACUUGAACGUGAACGCACCGCUGCAGAUCGGUGGUUUCUACCGUGAGCAGUUCGAUCCGACACACUACCGCUGGAACUACAUGCCGAUGGGCAAGGGAUUCGAUGGGUGCAUCAAGAAUCUGGUGCACAAUAGCAAACUUUACGAUCUGGCGCAUCCGGGACUGUCGCGAAACAGUGUGGCCGGUUGUCCACAGACGGAGGAGGUUUGCAGUCAGAGUGAGCAAACGUCGCGCUGCUGGGAGCAUGGCAAUUGUGUUGGCAGCUUCACCGAGGCUCGCUGUCAGUGUCGACCGGGAUGGACUGGACCGGCUUGUAACAUUCCCACCAUACCGACCACCUUCAAGCAGCAGAGCUACGUCAAGUACGCGCUCUCGUUCGAGCCGGAUCGCUUCAGCACCCAGAUACAGUUGCGCUUCCGUACGCGUGAGCAGCACGGUGAGCUGUUCCGUGUCAGCGAUCAGCACAACCGUGAGUACGGCAUUCUCGAGAUAAAGGACGCCCGUCUUCGGUUCCGAUACAAUCUCAACUCGCUGCGCACGGAGGAGAAGGAUAUCUGGUUGAAUGCGAUUGCCGUGGAUGAUGGUCAGUGGCAUGUGGUGCGAGUGAACCGACAUGGAUCCGCCGCCACGCUGGAGCUGGACGGUGGUGAGGGUCGCCGGUACAACGAAACGUUCACCUUCGAUGGGCACCAGUGGCUGCUGGUUGAUAAGCAGGAAGGUGUGUAUGCUGGCGGCAAGGCCGAGUAUACGGGUGUCCGCACAUUCGAGGUGUACGCUGACUAUCAAAAGAGCUGUUUGGAUGAUAUCAGACUGGAGGGCAAGCAUCUGCCACUGCCACCGGCCAUGAACGGUACGCAAUGGGGUCAGGCUACGAUGGCUCGCAACCUCGAGCGCAACUGCCCAUCGAACAAACCGUGCGCCAACGUGAUCUGUCCGGAUCCGUUCGAGUGUGUCGAUUUGUGGAACGAAUACGAGUGCACCUGCGGUGAAGGGCGCGUCAUGUCACCGGACGGUAAGGGCUGCAUGGAUCGAAACGAGUGUCUCGAUCUGCCGUGCCUGAACGGUGGCAUCUGCGUGAAUCAGGAGCCACGGUUGCGGUACCGGUGCGACUGCCCGGACGGAUUCUGGGGCGAAAACUGCGAACUCAUCCAGGAGGGCCAAACGCUCAAGCUGAGCAUGGGUGCCCUGGCGGCCAUUCUUGUGUGUCUGCUAAUCAUAUUGAUACUGGUGCUGGUGUUCGUGGUGUACAACCGAAGGCGAGAGUCGCACAUCAAAUAUCCGGGCCCGGAUGACGACGUGCGGGAGAACAUCAUCAACUACGACGAUGAAGGGGGCGGCGAGGACGAUAUGACCGCGUACGACAUCACGCCGCUACAGAUCCCGAUCGGCCCGAUGCCGGAAUUGACGCAGUGCAAGAUGCCACCGUUGAUGUAUCCGGUCAUGACGAUGGGACCGGGACACGAACCUAACGUUGGUAUGUUCAUCGAGGAGCACAAGAAGCGAGCGGACAGCGAUCCGAAUGCGCCACCCUUCGAUGAUCUGCGCAACUACGCUUACGAGGGUGGUGGCAGUACGGCUGGAUCGCUCAGUUCACUACAGUCAGGCACGGACGACGAGGUGCAGGAAUUCGACUAUUUGGAUGCCUGGGGACCUCGGUUCGACAAGCUGGCCAACAUGUACGGCGAUCAUCAUCCGACUGAGCUUGAUGAUUUAAAUUAAAUCCUUGCUCGCCCGAUCGAUACCACCGUGAGUGCGCGCGUCUCCUUCGACCGUACGUUGGGGCGAUACGUGGGAAGUUCCUGGGAGAUGAGCAAAUCACCGGAUGUAAGCACGGUGACAGAUGACACUCUAGCAAGAGCACAACGCGAGCGAAAAGAAGAAAAUCAACAACAGCGCACCGAAACGUAACAAAACAGAUACAAGACAGAGCACCCAGGCACCCAGCAUCGCUCUACAAAGGAAAAUGCAAAUCGAGUCGAACCACGUGCAUCGACCGGGGUUCCCACGCACGGUCACGAAGGAGACAGAUUGGAGACAACAACCAAACACAAAACGACGACUGAAACACGAGAUUGCGUUGCCAACAGCUACCGAUUUGCGGGGUUGUGCGUUUUAGUAUAAUUUACUUCGAACUCAGCCCGUAAGGUGAAAAAAGAAAAACAGUGGGAAGCAACAGAAGCGUGCGGUGGUUCCUACUUUUCCCUUUUCGAGUGAGUCAUCACCGGAUGAUCAUCAGCAGCACUCUACAACAAGAACAGCACACUGAUCACACAUACAGCAUUCUUCUCCGCAUCCACAACAGUUCGCCCAAAACUGAUGAAACCGUAGAACUGCCAUUUAAUCUACCAGCGCCCCGGCGGGACCCUGAGCAGCCGGGAUCUUGACCGGGCGAACUUAUUUUAUAAGCCACAAUCGGGUCCUAGGCCUAAGCAAAUCGACCGAGACGAACCGCCGUGCGGAUGAGGACAGGUGAGUGAAGAUGGCCAUCUAGAGGAGCGUAGAAUGAAAAAAAAAGGGAAAACGAAAAACGCAAGUCCGUCGGUGUGAUUCACAACACGGUCGCUACACAUUCGAUGGAGACGCCUAGUACCCGGUACAGUAUGCGGGCUGCGGAACUUGAAGUGCUUUGAACGCAGGUUGGUGCGGGAGUAGCGGGUCGUUUUAUUCGAGCCCUUUUUUUUGCCGCCCCAUAUUUUAUCGGUACAGGAUAGUGGAGAGCAAAAAUGCAACAUUUGGUUCGCGGGAACAUUUCGUUUUUGCAUUUCGGUUUCCGUUGAUUCAAUCCGCCUGUUUUAAUUGUCCCACGAAACAAAACAAAAAAAAACGAGGGACAAAGGUUUCCUGCCAUGUUUGUGUGUCUGUCCUUUUGACGAGGGACAUAACGAUGAAGCGACUGAGGGAAAAGCGGUUAAGAAUAGACGAGUAAGAAAGGAAGAAAGCAGUCGAGCAUAAAUAACAAACAAAAAAAAACAAGCAUACUUUAAACCAAAGUUUAAUUAUAAUCAUUGUUGAGAUUACAGUUAAGGUUACGGUUAAGCGCGCGCGUUAGAAGAUUGGGUCUCCCCCUCUAGGAAUGUGGACGAAGUUUGUAUGUGUGCGUGUGUUAAUACUGUCAAUGGGGCGAGUCAUACUCACCCGCAGAACGGUAUCGAGCGGUUCGAUCAGUGGGAAAAGUAAAAAAAAAAAGGUGGGAAGUUGAGAUACACAUACAGAACGAGAACGAGAGAGAGAGAGAAAAAGAGAGAGCGAGUCAGCACAUGAAUUAUCGCUGCUUGAUCUAAAAGGACGAAGAUGGCAGACCGAGCGGCAGCCGUGUACUAUCACCCGCCCGGUCGCCCGAACGGCAUCAUUUCCAGCCAAAGUGGCCAAAUUCCAACCAAAAUGAGCGCUCUCAGCUCAACGCAACUUUCAGCACACUCCACACUGCUUUUUCCAGUUUUGUCCAAAUUUUGAAAGACAAAAUGAGGGUGGCAUAAUAAUAAUGCCUUCUGCGUCCAUCGUGGGGCUGGGUGGUGAGCAAUAUUUCUUUCCUUCGUACGAAUGAGAAAGUGCUGAAGCGUGAAAAAUUGAAAUGAUCACACCCAAGGCUCCCACCGAGUUCCUUUGGAUAGGAGAAGUUCGCUUCGAACCGCCAUGCUGUAAACUGUUGAUUGGAGGAACAGUUUUAUCAUUUUCUUUUUUUGUGCGGAGUAGGUGGGAUAGGAAAAUGAAAAUAGGAAGGCAAAGAAUCUUAUUUUCUUUUCUUACUCAUCGCUACUAUGUCCUUUUGGCCAUAUCGGACAAAUUGUCUGUUCCAUAUCACUAAGGACACAUCUCUUGAAGGCUUUCUUCCCACUACCCCGGGCUAGGACGCCAUCACCCAGGCGUAAAUGACUUUCGUCUUUUUUUUUUUUUUUGCUGGCUCUCGUUUGUGGCGUAAAUCUCGCACUCUUAGGGAUAGAUUUGCACUUCAUUUCUAACCUCUUGUCGGUGAAAAAGAAGUAACCAGCGAGUACACAAAGCAGAUGACAGAUUUGUGAUAAAUUGUGGAAUAUUGGUGAAAAAGAUUCCGUCUGGAACAGUUUUUCGAACAACAUUUGAUAAGCUUAUGCUCCGCAGUAGUGUGAAUGAAAAUGAUUUUAUAUUUUGCUGGAAGUUGUGCUCCUAUUACGGUUGGGUUGGUUGGAAGAUGUUGGGUGUGAGCGGAUAGUGUUCCGUAAUGCAAGUUCUUCCCUUUACAAGCAACGAGAAAUGGACGUGAGUGGUUUCAUAAGAGACAAAUGAAUUUGGUUUUUCUUCACUAAUCCUUUUUAGUGCGCAACUGUUGGUUUAGUGUUUUGUUUUGGCAAGCACUGUUUCUACUACCUCCCUUUGUUAUUGGGAAUUUGCCCACAGUUUUUAUUUAUCUCUCUGUUGUCUUGUUUGCUCCAUAAUAACUACCUAUGUACCUCCACGUAUUACAAUACACUUUUUUAUUGAACACUUUCUUUUACAAAUAUACAAUUUUAAUACACACACACACAUGCCAGCAGGGAACGAACAUUGGGAUGUGAGUACACUCAAAUAAUUUACAAACUUGUACAUAUACUGCAAUAGGAAAGAAAUAUGAACGAUUUUUACAAACCUGCACCAUACUCGCACACACUCAUGCACACACACAGCGAUACACAGCUGUAGCAAGAAUUAAGGAACGAAACAGACAACUAAACAUUUACAUAAAGCCAAUAGAAGGGAAGCUCUCGGUACAUGAACCUUUCCAUACAGACACCCCGUUUUUCUUUACUAAGCUUUUCACCAAGAGUCUCAAAAACAAGUCGAUGGCUCCAUUCUAACAAUAACAUUAACAAACACUAAUUGCAUUAAACACACACGCAUCCAUGCGCAUCCCGGUUGGGAUGGAUUUUUUAUCGUAAAAUCAAUAGAUGGAACCUCAAAACUUACCACCACUUUCCCGUACGGUUAUGCCACUUGUGUUUUCUCUUCCAACUUUUACAAUAGAAAAUAAAAACUGUUGGUUGUUUUGUUUCUGAUAAACAAGCACUGCGCAUUCUCUCUCUCUUUGUCCAGUGUUGAUUUAACCGUGCGACCACUUCUCGGCUGUUUAUCUUCACGCCUAAGCGGCGCGGCUUCCCUAUUUUGGUCGAACACGAACCACAUGUGCUUGUAGUUGUUUUGUUCCCUUUGGGCGCUGUCAAUUUUCGGCAACGGCAAAACAUUUCUGCACUUCCGGGAAAAAAAACCUAUGUACCGGCGGAAUUAGACAAACAACAAAUUUGGCCACGGGAAGUCUCGAAAAGUCAAGGAAGCGUAAAGAAGGAAACACACACGCGCGGGUGCUUGGACACAUGGGAAUGGUUAAAGAGUUGUGUAAAGUUUUUUUUUUAUUUCGAUGUACAUUCUACUUUAGAUGUGUUUUAAUACUUUGUGUUAUAGUUUCUUUUCGUUUUACGAAUAGAAUAACAAUACAAUAGCUGUAAGAGAUACUUUCUAAAUAGGGAAAACAAACGUUACGUUUUGUUUUGUUUUGCAUUGCGUUCGCUUUUAGUUCUUUCCUUUUUUACAAACACACAUAGACACACAACGAAACGGGAAAGCAAAUAGGAACGAUGUUACUAUUUGUUUUUAGAAAGCAUUUGUUCCCUUUACAUUGAACUGCAGCACCAAUUUUUUGUUGGGAAGGAAAUAUGAUGGGGUUUGUCUUGUGGCUCAACAGAGUAAGCUAUUUCGGGAGCCCAUUUUAAAAUGCGGUGAUUGAGAUGAACUUUUUGAUGGCAAAUUUCGUUCGCCCAUGAUGGCUUCUCGCGUUAGCGUUUGUAUGGCACUGCGGGAGGAAACACGGAAAAUCAUGGUACAUGUUUUUUAAACAAUUAUUGCUAACGAAUAGAACACAUCGUAGCAAAUUGGCGACUAAGCGACUGCGUGUAAACACUCUAGGCCGUAAGUAAAUCAAAUAUACAACCACUAACAAGUAUUGAGACAACCACAGCAAAGUCGCGCACAUUAGCACAUCCAUCGUCACAUUCAGAACCCAUUCCGAAGCGCAAAUGCUAGUCGGGCCUAACGACCCCGAAGUUGAGAUUUCCGUUCAACCGUACCCAUUACCCAUCUCGUAUUAGAAAAAGGAGGGGGAAAAAGUUGGUUUAGUUUUAUACCAAACUUUUUUCUCCGUAAUUUUUGCUGCUCCGUACGUAUGGGAGCAGCACAAUGCAACAAGAGGAAGCAUUUUGCAAGUUCAUCCAUUAUGAGUAUUAUGAACGACUAGUUUUAACUGUGAAAGUGUCGUGUGCAAAUUUAACAAGCAAAAAAACCCGUGUCAUCGUAAGGAAACAUUUAUUUAACUGAUAUAAGAUACUUAUUACGAUUAACGGAAGGUUGGAAGACGAACAAGGCGAAACAAAGCAAAACGAAACUGAUAUUACACACACACACUGACACAUGCGUAUCCAAAGACUGUAAAAACUUUGAUUUGUUUUAUGUAAAGCUAGGUUUUUUCUCCUCUCGGUAAGUUAGUAAUAGUUAAUUUAAUAAUUAUUUUUACAACUCGGUUUUAUCGGGCUCCGGAUGCAAAAGUGAUGGCAGCAGUGAGAGGCAGAGCAAGCGUAAUCGUAAUCGGGGAGAUUUAUUGGAGAUCGACUUCGAGUGAAGAAGGGGUUUUUUUUAAUUUCGAAUGCCAUAACACGAAACCCGUAACACUUUUUUUUUACUUUUCGUAAGAGAAACAAUUAGAAGCUCUACUACUAAGGGUACUAAAGGCCAGUAGUCAUUUGGGUGGGCAGUUAAGGGUAACGUAACACAGCUAACCGUAGCGACGGGUGUGUAUGAGUUUGAACGCAAAAAAAAAAAUCAAUGGCGAUAAUAUAUAUUUUAAGCUGGUGAGCAUCGUUCAGCAGGUAUCUGUAUUGUAAUAUCUGGAAGCGAUCAACCACAGCAACACUAGUUUAUUCCCUCGAAACUUUUAUUGAGUUUUCUACGUCAGAACAGCAAAAAAAACCUCAGCAAAUCACUCUCCAUCGCGUGAGCGUGUGGGAAAAGCUGAUCAUUUUUAAACAGUGACAUGAUGUUUGUGCUCCUUGUUUUGUAAGACAACCGCAGAACGAAACAUGGAAGCGCUCAAACACACACACAAACGUACAUUUGAAAAACGAAUUUGUGCGUCCAUGCGUACAGUUUCGGGCGGUAGAAUUUUUAAAAACCCACUACAACAAAAAGUAUUCAUUACGCCACACGUAUAUUAUACACACACACGCGAACACAUAAAACACACAUCGGUAGAUAUUUAGUAGUAAAAGCAAACACACACACACACACACACUCGUACGGAAGUGGUACACAACAGUAUGAAAAAACGGUGAGCAAAACUCCCUAAACUAAUUGUAAACGAAAAGCAGAAAUCCCAGCACUACUUAGACUAAAAAACAAAUCGGCAUAAUUAGCUAAAUCGAAACGGGGGCAAACAUCGUAGCAAAAUCGUAGCUUAUUUGCAAAAAGAAAUCCCGAAUCCUCCCGACUGGAAACAAAAACAAUGCGAAGAAAGCCACUCUCCCGAACAUCCACCAUUUAAGAACGUCCCCUCUGUUGUGCUGCUGUACGUCGACGCCAUCAUUGUAUUCCAUGUUGAAUUGUGUGUUUUGUUUUUUGCUUCACACAAUUAAACCACUCUCGUUCAUUCAUAUAUACACACAUAAACACACAUAUAUAAUUGCACAUUCCCUGCAUUAAAGUUUCUUUGCCGUGGUAACAUUUUUCACUUCUCAAGACACCUUAAAGAGAAGUAUGGAAAACGACAACAUAUGCUCAGCCAGUUGAUGGUAGUAUUUAUAGUGCGGUCAUGUAAAUUUAACAAAACAAACGAAACACGACUUAACGAAGGUGAAAAACAAAUGUGAACGACUGCGGUUGCGCGCCUCAUUCACAAGUGAGCCGCAACAUAAGCGCACAUGACAAAACGAAACAACAAGCGAAACGAUUCUGUAUCCUAAAAAUGAUAAACUAAACAAUGUUAGACUUAUGCUAGUACACAUCCACAUCCACAGCGUUUAAAGCCGGCAGCAGAAAGGCUGGGAGCGAACGAAAUAUCCUAAUCUAAUCACGUACACAAUAGAAAAGAGAAAACACAGACGGAGCAGCGGACUGGUGUUUGGGAUGAAAAUACAUAAAAAAUUACAAAAAAGUGUGCAAUAGAGAGAGAGAGAGAGAGAAAUAUCCUUCAAAAACCUAAUACAUCCAGAAGCGAAGAGAAGGGAAAAAUAGAAAACAAAAAUAUAAAAAAACACACACACACACACAACCAAACAAAACAAUCCUUUUUCCUAUCCCCAUUCUCCGAUAAGAAAAAGAAAAACACAUUUUUUGCGAGACCGUUAGUUAAUUGAGUGAAACAAACAAAACGAUAUAUACACUAUUAUACAUACACAUAUAUAUUAGUGACUUUUUAAACAAAAAAAAAAACCAGAAGAAAACCCCGCAAACAAAUAGACUAAAAACAGAACAGAAGCAAAAACAAACUCGAUAAAACAUGUAUCCGCUCACCAAACAGUGGGAGUUUGAUACGUACGCACAGACGUUACUGUGUGUGUGUGUUGAUGUACCGUGUCACGCGAGUUUAUAGUAAAUGAAAACAAAAACAAAAACUAGCAACUUCUCAGCGCACAUCAAGUGUGUGGGGUGCGAGACAAUGCAAUUGGGAAAAUUACCUAUCAAGAAAAGAAAACAUAGAAACACGUUUCCCCGGGGUUUUCCUCCAGUUUUUCAUCACCGCGGGAUAUCGAGAAACAGUUAUGGGGAAAAGGUUUAAAACACUUGUUUUAUACUUGUUUGUCCAGGGGGUUGAUGAGCAUAACCGGGGGGUUGAACGUGAUCAAUUCGAUGGCUCCAUCAAACCACCCCUAGCUACUAGGUGAAGCUCAGCAGCACAGAAGAUGGAAACACACACAGUAACAUAAAUGCUAAGAAUGUUUAACAAAAGGAAACGAACGAGAGUGGUUCUCCAAACCUCUGGCGGAAAGGCGGAGAACAGUGGCCCGAGGAAUGGGGACAACACACAGUGGAAAGGGUGGUGUGCGUGUGUGUGCAGUAAAUAUUAAUUAAUAGCGAUACCAAAAUCCUAGUUGUAAAUAUAGUGAAAUGAUAUUAAAGAAUGAAAGGCAAAACUCUACCACCACUACACUACCGCACGAUACACACACGCGCGUGGGUAUGGUGGUGAAGGUGAAUGAAAACCCUUUUUCUUUCCCCAUUGCAAGUAAUAUCUUCAACAUACCACAAAGAAUCUCCUGAAAACACCACAGACACACUCACACACACACACAAGUAAAGACAGACAUUAUAAUCAUUCCCGGAACACAUCCCGGCAUCAACAUAAAGCAUUCAUACGUACACACGAAACCCUGACGGAAUGGGGGAAACAUUCGUUGAAAAUUAACGAUCUUUAUACUACCGAACCGUAUCAGCGUAGUAGUGAGUCUUUCCGGGGUCAUUUUGUUUGGCAUUUGUUUUUGUCAAAGAAAAGAGGAAAAACAGGGAUGCAUUAAAAUCCAGUUUCUAUAAAUCCUCGCUGAAGGGUCACAUCCGUCAGUCACAGUCAGUCGGUUCGUUCUUCCUUCAAAUGGAAGAAACAAUAUUAAAAACACAAUAAAAGUUAAUGGAAAAAAAGCCAGAGAAAAAAAAACAACCCUUUUUCAACCGAACACUAACUAGAACACCGAAAAUAGAUAAGUGAAAGCAAACGAUAAGAAUACAGGCGAGACGUAGCUAACAUGAAGCGAACAACAACAUCUUAAUGUUAAGAACAAAAAAACACGUGCAUCAUCUUCGUGAGGCAAAAACAACAGUGGAGUGCUCAUUUUGUGCAAAUUAGUGCUACGAACAAAAAACCCCCCACAAACACAGACACACACAUACUUACCAUUCACAGUAUAAAGGGACUUCUUCGCGUGCGGUGUUUUGUUGGUGAAAACCGAAAAUGGCCAAGAGAGACAAGUGAAAUGUUAAACGAAAAACUGGCUGAGGGCUGAGGGCCGAAAUGGUGAAGGAAACACCUAAAACAGCAAAAUGGAGAAAGAAAACAACGUCUGCACACAAACACACUUUUACACGUGAAAAGUCGAAUCGAAAUCGUUCAAUUAUUGGAAACAUAAGAGAGAAGAAAAAAGAAACCUUCACACAAGCACACAUUAUACAAGAAAAAAAAAACAUGGAAAGACAACACGAAACGCUGGAUGCUGUGGUUGGUGGGAGGAGGAAGUGGAGAGUCAUUGCGGGAAACGGGAAAACGAAAAUAGAGGUAAAAAGUAAGACGAAGAAAAACAGAUAAGACAAAAAAACUGAAAUAAAUUGCUACAAUGGGAAGUAACUGUCAUAAACUGGA